AUGGAAGCAAGAACUGAAUUACCAAAGCACAAUGGAAGCAUAAGUGCACAGGAUGGAGAAUGUGACAAUGGUAUAUUUGAGUUAAUGACAGAGAUUGGUGUGUCUGUGUAUCUUAAUUUUACAUCUGAUGAACAUCUGAAUGAAUACAUAGGGAAGGGAGAUGAGAGAAUCAGGUUCUUGACUGGAUUUUCUGGAUCAAAUGGAAUUGCAGUGACAUGCAAGAGUUCGGUGCUGUAUACAGACUCAAGGUAUUACAUACAAGCCAUGAAUGAAAUGAAAGCUUAUAAACUGAAGAGGAUGGGAGAGGACGAGAGAAUUGAAGAAUACAUUGAGUCUAUGUGUGAAAACAAGCGGGUGGGUGUGUGUGCAAAGCUUAUAAGUUCUAAGAUGUAUGAUGAUCUUGAGAAAAAGCUUACAAAGAAAGGAGUGAAGCUUAUGAACGUUGAUGUUGAUUUGGUUGAUUGUUUAUGGAAUAACAGACCAUCCAGGAUAUUCAAUGAAGUGUAUAGCAUUGAAGACAAGAUGAUUUGUGAGUAUCAGAUGCAGCUAGUGAAGAUGUGCAAUAAUGAAGAUUAUAAAAGAAAGCUUGAACAUGAAAUUAGUGAGAAAAGUACAAGUGUUGUUGGAAUGACAUAUAAAUUGAAGUUGCAGAAGAUACAAGAUAUUAUUGGAGGGAAGACGCUUGUUAUAACUGAUCUUGAUACGAUUGCAUGGGUGUUUAAUCUGAGAGGAUCUGACAUAAUGUAUAACCCGGUUUUUUAUUCGUAUUGCUUGAUUUCUGCAGAUAUUGUGAAACUGUUUGUGAAUUGGAAGCUUGAUAUUGAUGAUGUUGAAGUUCAUCCAUACGAUAGGUUUGAAGAGCAUGCUCGACGUGUUGAUGGGGAAGUGCUUGUGUCUGGAAGAUGUAAUGUAUAUGUACGAAGUAUGUUUGAGAAUGUUGAGUAUACAGGAAGCAUAAGACAACUCCAGUCAAUCAAGACUGAUGUAGAGAUUGCAGGAUUUUACCUGGCGUAUACUUAUGAUGGAAUAGCUCUUACAAGGCUAUUUGAGUGGAUAGACGAGAAUCUUGAUGAAGGUAUAACAGAAGAGAAGGUUGCAGAUAAACUAGAUGAGAUAAAAAAGGAGUUUGGUGGAUAUGUGCAGCCGAGCUUUGGUACGAUUGUUGGGGGAGGACCUAACGGAGCGAUUGUGCAUCACAAAGCUGGAUCCAAGGUGCUUCAUAGGAGUGAACUUAUCUUGAUUGAUAGCGGAUCUCAAUAUGUAUUUGGAACAACAGAUACAACAAGAACAAUGCAUUUUGGAGUGCCUAAUAGUGAACAGAAAAGAAAUUAUACACUUGUUCUGAAGGGACAGCUGAGAGCAAUGCAGAUGAGGUUCAAGGCCAGUAUGCCUGCAUCAUCACUUGACACCUUGUCUAGAAUGGACCUAAUGAAGGAAGGACUGGAUUAUGGUCACGCGACGGGACAUGGAGUUGGACAUUUCUUGUGUGUGCAUGAAUCGCCACCCAGCAUAUCAAGUAAUAGCAAUGAGACAUUGAUUCCAGGAAUGGUUUUUUCUAUUGAGCCAGGAUACUACAAGGAAGGGGAAUAUGGAAUAAGAAUUGAGAAUCUAGUAAGUAUAACUGGUGCUGAUAGUGGAUUUAACGAUGUUACAAAUCUUACACUUGUUCCAUAUCAGCUCAAGAUGAUUGACAUGUGCCUGAUUAAUGAUGAAGAAAUUGAACAUCUGAAUAAAAUCAACCUCAGAAUUAGAGAAUCAUUAGAGCCUUUCAUGAUUGGUUUACCAGGCCACAAAUUCUUGAUUGAAAACACAAUGCCUAUUCAAAAAUAG